AGCAAGAAAUGAUGGUCGCGCACCUAUGACCAAGGCACCAAGUGAGUUCCCUAGAUGCAAGGGGGCCGAAGUAAGCGAAGGAGGCGUUGGUGGCGUUGGCUUAGACAUGCUGGCUGCGUCUUGGGGGGUUGUCAUAGAGGAAGUAUUGACAGUUGUGUUGUACUUAUGUGCACCGUCGGAAACUACAGAUCCGAAAGGAGAUCUCUGGUUCUGCUAACGACGCAAAGUCCUUAAUUAAUACGACGUACCACUCUACCCAACAGAAGGAACCUGAAGAUAAACAGUUAUCUGCAUUUGCACAG